CGAGUUUUAAACAUGAAAUUUGACUCUUCGUAUAAAUGCUAAAAACACAUAUAUAGCCAUGAGGCACGACGUUAACGUUGCAAUGUUCAAGACAAGUAUGUGUCUGAUUGAACCGUCGAGGGUAACAAAUAUUCGAUAUUUGCCGCGCUGUAUUGAUGGCCAAUAUCCCUGUGCUCGCUGUCAGUUGCCUCUCGGAGCGCUUGCAGCAUCAUCAGGACUAUACAUCAUCUAGUUUUUUUUUGCCUACAGACUCUCAUUUUAUGGUGAAUGCUGAUUACAGUUAGUGUAUUGGUGGUACUGGUUUAAUUAAUUAUUCACACCAAAAAAGGAAAUAAACCGAAAUAUCAAUUGGCUUCGCGUUCGAAUGGGGCACGGAUUGCGAAGUAUUGCCGAUAGUGUAUUAACAGAGUCUGCUUAGUGGUCUGCGAACAUUACUCGUAAGCAAAACAACUUUGAUGACACAAAAUGAGGAAAAUAGGAUAUCUGAGCACCCAUCAAUAGAUAUGCGUCCAGCGGGUACACAUCUGACAUUAAACAUGGUUUGAUCGUCUGAACAAGUGUUACCGGGCUGACUGACCCAACGCAGAAGAAUGUCGUCGUCUUCCUUUUCGGCUGGCCUGGACGUUACUGACGGUGUAUGGGAUUUCGUGAAUGACUCCGAUCUGUAUUUGUACAACGGGACAGCGGCAAAUAUAUAUAAUGAUACGAACCACAAUACGUCUUUAAACGGAACGGUUGACUCGAAUGCGUUACCACAUUCGUUAUGGCUGACCAUAUUUCUAGGAACGGUAGCGACGAUUGUGAUAAUAGUGACAAUUCUUGGAAACAUUUUAGUGCUUCUGUCUUUUUUCUUAGAGCGGACUAUACGACAACCUACAAAUUAUUUCAUUGCAUCUUUAGCCAUGUCAGAUCUUCUAAUAGGGAGCUUUUCGAUGCCCUGUUUUACAACUUAUCUUUUGCUCGGCUAUUGGCCAUUUGGAGAAAUAAUUUGUGACUUGUGGUUAUCUAUGGAUUAUACAGUGUGCUUAGCAUCCCAAUACACGGUAUUGUUCAUCACCAUUGACAGAUUCUGUAGUGUGAAAAUACCUGCCAAGUACAGAAAUUGGCGAACGGACGGUAAGGUAAGACUUAUGAUAGCGUUGUCUUGGAUUAUACCCGCAGCGAUUUUCUUCACAUCAAUUAUUGGCUGGCAAUAUUUCGUUGGCGUGAGGACUGUCGCAGAAAGAUCAUGUGAAGUUCAAUUUAUGAGUGAUCCAACAUUUACCUUUUUACUAACAAUUGGUUAUUUUUGGUCAACGCUAAUAGUUAUGAUAGCGUUAUACGUUGGAAUAUACCGUGUUGCCUUGGCUUUACAACGGAAAUCAAAUGAAAAACAAAAGAAAAUGAACAAUGCAAUGAAUCUGGCAAAGGACAGAACGUCGGCCAACAGUGGCAAGUCAAAGCAAAGCAAAAAGAGAAUGGAAAAUAAUAAUGCUAGAUACCUUCGAGAAGCGAAUGACAAUAAUACGUUAACUACGAGUUUUUCUAAACAUUCUGAUAACGAAUACUCCAAACCAUCUGAGGAGGACCGCAGUUCAAGUCCAGCUUUUGCGUCCGACGAGGAUGAAGGUAGUAGCGCUGACAUAAAAACAACCGGUUGCUACGUUAACAGUGCCGUACAAACGGAACCGACACUUAAAGGCAUGCUUGGGACAUCGGCAAAUCACAUCGGCAAAUCACUUGCUUUCUCGUUGUCUGGUACAAGUGUCAGUGCGUCCCAGGCGUCACACAGCUCGACGGAAAAGGACACAACGGAUGAUAAGGUUUGCAGCAAGCAAACUGAUUCAGAAAAUCAAAAUUCGUUGAUCAAGUUUCCGAAAUCCUUAACAAACAGUUUCAGACCUAUUACAGACAUAAAUCAAAUAGACCAUGAGGAUGAUAUACAUGACUUAGGUCAAUUACAAAUUUCUGUCAAAACAAGUGGUUCCACCAACGACCUAUUAGACCACCCCGUCCUGGAUGGAAUAAGAUAUAUCGAUGAAGAUAGUUUAAAAUCUUUGACCUCAUCGGAUAACGUAAAGCUGUUAGCGGAAAUCAAAGACCUUACUGUAGGACCACCUCGUAAUGACAAAGAAUCUCCAGUGUGGCGACGAAGGGUUUUCGACGAUGAUAAAUCCCUUUUAGUGCCACAGUUUUGUGACUCGGCAAGUUCUGAAGCUAUCUCGACCGGGCCAGAUGAAUGCAGUGGUAGCAAGGUUAACAAAGACUUGCACAAUGUUACAGAAAGCAUGGAGAACCAUACCAAAAAAGGAAAGAAGAGCCAAAAUAAUAAAAAGCACCUGCGCGUUCACCACAAUGUGGAUAGCAACAAAACAAAACAUAAGAGGCAUUACGGAAGUCCAUUGCAGUCGCUUGUUCGUUCACUUCGACCUGCUGUCGAUAAAAAGAAAAAGCCCGCAAAAUCAAAAUCAGAAAAUCGCGCCCGGAAAGCAUUGAGGACGAUCUCCAUAAUUCUGGGUGCAUAUGUGUUGUGUUGGACACCAUUUCAUAUAAUGAUAUUUGUCAUAGGAAUUUGCAAGUCAUUUGCAUGUAUUAACAUGCAGCUUUAUAAUUUCUCGUAUUGGCUGUGCUAUCUGAAUAGCCCGAUAAAUCCAUUUUGCUAUGCCUUUGCCAACGCCCAAUUCAAACGGACAUUUAUUCGAAUUCUUAAACUUGAUUUUCACAGAACCUGAUAACUUGCUGUUUUGUUGCGUUAAAUAAAUACUGCGUUAUAUUGAAUACUUGUAUAUAGAUGUAAAUAUUUAAUAAGCAUGUAUCCUUAUGACAGUUAAUUAUGUUGGAUAGUUAUGAAUACGUACAGAAUCAAUCAGUUUUAUAUUAGUAAUUUAAGACACAGAAAACACACCAUAUGAAAAGAGUUUUAUAACAACAAACAGUCAUAAAAAAAUAUUGUAAUAAGUUUGAGUUUGAAAUUAUACACGCCUUGUUUUGCCAUCAUGGAUAAGAAACGAACUUGUUUAUAUAUAAGAAAAUCUCUUAAAAUUAAUAGAUAUGUUAAUCAAAAGUAACAUCAUGUGAAUUGAAUGAUAAAACGACAUUUCGAUAAAAUAAAUAAAUACGUCGCCUUGCGUUAGUCGAUUAUUCUACAGGAAUUCUAUAGGAAAGAAAUUCAUAUUAAGAAAUGUUUAUAACAAAUUAACAUCAGAAACAACGCUGCGAGAGAGGUAACGCAUCGGUCUUAAGCAAUUUUUAUGUUUAUAAAAAGUUAUUACGCGGCGACUUAUUAAUGCUGUAUGCGCCUGUUCAUGAUAAAAGUAAAUACCCAGUGUUACACACUUUUCAAAAAUGUUUUACUCAUUCGGAAAUGGUUGUAAGGUUCAUAAUCACAUCUUUUUGAUAAGAUAUUGUGUGAUAAUUAACUACAUGUACAAUCGACUUUGUAAAAUUAUAAUACUUUACUGUUAAAGUUAAACUAUGGUCUGCCUAUGUUAACUAAAUAGGUUAGAAUUUUAUUAAGUGUGUUCUAAAAACAGUUUAUUGUAUAAAUUGACGUUUUGUCUUGUAUUUGUAUUCAUAUGCGUAAAAUCUAAACAAUAUUCCUAAAGAAAGUUGACAUCAGCAGUAAUACAUAUGAAUAUGCAAACACAUGAAUAACUGGAUUUUUACCAAGCCAUAAAAUAUUCACAUAUAUUCGUGUAACUGUCAAACAUUUUUUUAUAUAUUUAUCAACUAUAAUCAAAUAUAAGUAUAUUAAUGUUAAGAUCAUCAUUAAAAUUAAGACAAAUGUAUUGACACUCAACAACAUUUAAUAUUUACAGUUCUAUGCGGCCUCUAUGUUACUUCGCUAGGUUGCACACUUAUACUAAAUGCGUGCAUAUGAAUAUUAAAACUAUUUGAUGCGAUAUAGGCAAUACUUCUGACUAUUUACACAUUACCAUAUUGCUUGGAUAAGUGUAUAUUAAUUUAUAAUUGUAUAUCAAUGUGCACAUACGCUCUUAAUGCUAUUUGACAUCGUAUAUAAUAUUAAUAAGUAUGACGUUAAUAAGCUCUGGGAUUUUGUGAAACAGAUACCGGGUAGCAUCACGCGAAGAAUCAGAGCGCACGCAAAUUGACGUCUACUCUAAUUUUUUACGUGAAUUAAAACAGAUACAUACAGAGGAGUGUGUUCUCAUUUCUAACGCUAUGUAAUAUACAUUUUAAGGCCAUAAAAUAAUAGUGUUCCAUACUUAAGAAUUUGCAAUCUCAGAUGUCAACUUAGAUCAAUGUCAAGAUGUCUUAAUUUCUUCUUAUUUGUGUUUAAUAGCCGGAAUAUACAGAUGCAUACAAAAUAAACUUUAUGACGUACUUACUUUAGCCAUGAUAUGUAUGCGUUAACAAAACAGUUGAAUUUCCAAUUCCCAAAAAAACAAAUUAUUUAAUCACAUAAGCAGUUCAUACAUAGUUUCUUAAAUAAAUUUUGAGAACUCGUUUCUCGUGAACAAAUUAUCGACCAAAUGCAUACCAACAACAACAACAAACAUUGAAAUCGAUACAAGAAUACGUGCCAUUCCUAUCAGGCGUAAACAACAAUGUUACAUUUCUUUUGUGAAUAAGAAAUAAACCAGUCGAAAUAUUUACAUAAUAAACCCUCAUUAAAUAUGCAUGUAUUUGUAAUUAGAAAUAAAUCCAAUUUUGUUGGUUACAACUUUACAGGACUAACGGGUUCACAGUGCAAUAUUUUAUUUGAAAAUCAAAAUUCAAGUUCUACAUAAGAGAGAUUUAGCAAAUGUGUUUGGUACCUUAUGUGCAAAAUGCGUUUGUCAUAUGUAUUAUAGUGGUAUAGUUAAUCUUAUAGGUGUGGUAUUGUGUAACAUGUGACUAGUAUCUAAGUAAAUAUGCAUUGUGUAAAACAUUUAACUAAACUCCGAAACAAAAUGUCAUUAUUAUGUGUCUGCUUCUAUCAGUGUGUGUACAUAUUGUGGCAAUAUUUUGCACAUAGAUAGUGUAUGCCCAUGGUACGGGCAAAGACUACAAGGUAACUUUUGUUGAAUGUAAAAUACCAAAUGUCGUUAAAAAUGAAGAGGAAUACUAUUAUAUAAACUUACAUGAUAUGUUGACAAUAUAGUUUUUUAGUUGGCAUGUACAGUUAAGGCAUUAUGUUAGUAACUUGUUUAAAUGAAUUUUAAUUUGUAUACGUUCGAUUUUCUAACACAAUGAUUUAAAAAAUCCCUGUUCAAAUUUUUUUACAGAUUUUAAGUACUAUUAUCAAUGUCGUUAUUAUCUUAUAAAUACUCAUUAUUGUACGUUGGUUUUGAACCCAAGUAUUCACUAAGUUGUCCAAGUUUACAUUGUAUACUCGUAGAA